UAUGGCGGCGGUGUCGAGGUUGGGGCCAGGAUGCGGCGCUUUUGACUAAGGGGGUAGGCCAGGCGGAGGCAUCGGGCACAUCGGCGCGGCGCAGAAGAGAACCAGCCUGGACGCCGGGGACGCUGUCAUGUACGGCGCGAGCGCAGGCCGCGCCAAAACCGAGAGGAAAAGCGGCGCGAAGGAGGAGGCCGGGCCCGGCGGUGCCGGCGGUGGGGGGAACCGAGUGGAGUUGCUGGUCUUCGGCUAUGCCUGCAAGCUGUUCCGAGACGACGAGCGGGCCCUGGCCCAGGAACAGGGACAGCACCUCAUCCCCUGGAUGGGGGACCACAAGAUCCUCAUCGACAGAUAUGAUGGGCGCGGUCACCUGCAUGACCUUUCUGAGUAUGAUGCUGAGUAUUCCACUUGGAACAGAGAUUACCAGCUCUCUGAAGAGGAGGCACGAAUAGAGGCCCUGUGUGAUGAAGAGAGGUAUUUAGCCUUGCAUACGGACUUGCUUGAGGAGGAGGCAAGGCAAGAGGAAGAAUACAAGCGGUUGAGUGAAGCGCUGGCAGAGGACGGGAGCUAUAACGCAGUGGGAUUCACAUACGGCAGUGAUUACUAUGACCCGUCCGAACCAACAGAGGAAGAGGAGCCUUCCAAACAGAGAGAAAAAAAUGAGGCUGAAAAUUUGGAGGAAAACGAGGAGCCUUUCAUUGCCCCUUUAGGAUUGAAUGUGCCACCUGAUGUGGAGCUGCCACCAACAGCCAAAAUGCAUGCCAUCAUUGAGCGCACGGCCAACUUCGUGUGCAAACAGGGUGCACAGUUUGAAAUAAUGCUGAAGGCCAAACAGGCCCGAAACUCUCAAUUCGACUUUCUACGCUUUGAUCACUACCUCAACCCCUACUACAAGUUCAUCCAGAAAGCUAUGAAAGAAGGACGGUACACGGUACUGGCAGAAAACAAAAGUGAAGAGAAAAAGAAGUCGGGGGUCAGCUCUGACAAUGAAGAUGACGAUGACGAAGAGGAUGGGAGUUACCUACAUCCGUCCCUCUUCGCUUCCAAGAAGUGCAACCGCCUGGAGGAGCUGAUGAAGCCUUUGAAGGUGGUGGACCCGGAUCACCCCCUUGCGGCGCUGGUCCGUAAAGCCCAGGCCGACAGUCCCGCCCCCACCCCACCCACGGCAGAUGGCGCGGCCGUGCAGCCCUCCCAGGUGGAGUACACUGCUGACUCGACAGUGGCAGCCAUGUACUACAGCUACUACAUGCUGCCUGACGGCACCUACUGCCUGGCACCUCCCCCUCCAGGGGCUGACGUAGCCACUUACUACAGCACCGUGCCUGCCGGGGUGGCCGUGUCCAGCUCCGCCGGGGUGACAGCCACCGCCCCGCCCCCUCCAGGGACCACGCCACCGCCCCCCCCAACCACAGCAGAGACGAGUAGUGGGGUGACCUCCACCACCAUCACCACAAGUGCACUUGCUCCCGUGGCCGCCAUCAUCCCGCCGCCACCUGACAUUCAGCCCGUGAUUGACAAGCUGGCGGAGUACGUGGCCAGGAACGGCCUUAAGUUUGAGACCAGCGUUCGUGCCAAGAAUGAUCAAAGGUUCGAAUUCCUGCAGCCGUGGCACCAGUACAAUGCCUAUUACGAGUUUAAGAAGCAGUUCUUCCUCCAGAAAGAAGGGGGCGAAAGCACACAGGCUGUGUCAGCACCGGAAGAGGCUCCUGCAGAGUCUGCUCCUGAAAAGCCAAGUGACGUUGGGGAGGAUAGUGUGUCUGAAGACACGGCCAACACAGGGGGAAGAGGUGGCUCCUCGGGGAAGAAGGAGGCAUCAUCCAGCAAAGCCGUCCCCGACGGGAAGCUGGUGAAAGCUUCAUUCGCUCCAAUAAGCUUUGCAAUCAAGGCCAAAGAAAAUGAUCUGCUUCCCCUGGAAAAAAACCGUGUUAAGCUAGAUGAUGACAGCGAGGAUGACGAAGAGAGCAAAGAAGGCCAAGAAAGCGCCAGCAGCGCGACAAACACCGGCCCGGUGGCUGCCCCGCCCUGUGUGGUGGCUGAGGAGAAGCGGCCUCAGCUCACCCAGGAGGAGCUAGAAGCAAAGCAAGCAAAGCAAAAGUUGGAGGACCGACUGGCAGCUGCUGCCAGGGAAAAGCUGGCCCAGGCAUCAAAGGAAUCAAAGGAGAAACAGCUUCAAGCAGAACGUAAAAGGAAAGCAGCUUUAUUUUUACAAACCUUAAAAAAUCCUCUGCCAGAAGCAGAAGUCGGGAAAGUGGAAGAGAAUCCUUUCAAUGUAGAGGAAGCUGGUACUAUGUCCUGUCCUCUACUGGCUGGAGGCAGACCUCUGCCAACUUUAGAUGCGAAGCCUUCGGAAGGGCGCUCAAGCAGAAGCAAAGACCCGCCGAGAGAAGAAGAGAGAGAGAAGAAAAAGAAAAAGCACAAAAAACGGUCUCGAACAAGAUCGAGGUCUCCCAAGUACCAUUCGUCGUCCAAGUCCAGGUCUAGAUCCCACUCAAAAGCAAAGCAUUGUCUUCCCAGUGCCUAUCGGACAGCACGGCGGUCGAGACCCACAGCCUCCCCAGGGACCCUGAGCACGGAGCCUUAUCAGAGCAGCUCGGCAGUGGCAGCAGCACAGCGAGACAGUUAUCAGGCAGCCUCGACCACGAACAGAUUUGACUCCUGGAGCUCUUUUAAGGGAAAACCUGGUAAAACGUCAAGGUCCCGGUCCCGGUCCCCUCGGAGACGAGCACACUCCCCCGAGAGACGGCGGGAGGACAGGAGUGUCCCCACGGCCUACCGGAUGAGUAACAGCCCUGGAGUCAGCAGGAAGCGGACCCGGUCCAGAAGCCCCCACGAGAAGAAGAAGAAGAGGCGCUCACGGUCGAGGACCAAGUCCAAAGCCGGGUCUCAGCCAGCCUCCCCAAGCAAGCAGCCCACGCGCCGGCACUCGGCCAGCAUCUCUCCCGUGGAGAGUCGGGGUUCCAGCCAGGAGCGCUCCAGGGGAGUUUCUCAGGAAAAAGACGGUCAGAUCUCCUCGGCAAUUGUUUCUUCUGUGCAGAGCAAAAUCACUCAGGACCUCAUGGCCAAAGUCAGAGCGAUGCUCGCAGCUUCCAAAAACAUGCAGACCAGUGCCUCCUGAGACGCGGGCCAUGGGCGACCCGGCCCAGGGCCCCAGGAGCCGGCAGAGCCGAGAGCCCCAUCCUGCACACACCAUCCUCCCGGGGCUCCUGGACGGUUGGCGGGUUUUGUAAAUUAGUUUUUGAUGACAUUUUCAGUUUAAGAUUUUUGACCAGCAGUCUCUUACUUGUAUAUUUGUAAAUAAUAUCAUGUUUCUGUGAAAAAAUAUUAUCAAAUAAAAUGGGAGGAAAACACAUUUUCUAGCUAGUAA